UUCAUGGCGGCUUCUACAUACAAUUCAAGAGAUGAAGAUUGAAUAACGAAAAAUCAAUAUCGAAGUAGACAACAAAACAGUGAAACCGUAAAUCUCCAUUGUUCCAAGUCAGUCGGGGGAGAAUCAUAAAUAUGGCUAAGCUAAGCUGCGAUUUCCGGUACCUUCUCAUCCCCGCUGCACUCGUAUUCGUAUACAUCCAGAUGCGGCUUUUCGCCACGCAAUCUGAAUAUGCAGAUCGAAUGGCUGAAGCGGUGGAUGCAGAGCGCCAUUGUACAAGUCAAAUGCGACUACUUAUUGAUCAAAUUAGCAUGCAACAAGAGGAAAUUGUGUCCCUGGAAGAGGGGAAGAAGCGAAAGGAUCAGGAGUGUGCACAACUGAAGGCUCUUGUACAUGAUCUUGAAAAGAAGGCCCUUCAGAGAAUAAUUGACAAAACACAGGUACCAGUGGCAGCUGUAGUAAUCAUGGCGUGCAAUCGUGCUGAUUAUCUGGAAAGAACAGUUGCGUCUGUAUUGAAGUAUCAGAGUUCUGUUGCUUCAAAAUAUCCCCUUUUUAUAUCUCAGGAUGGAUCAGAUCCAAAUGUGAAAACUAAGGCUUUGAGUCAUUAUAAUCAGCUAACUUACAUGCAGCACAUAGAUUAUGAUCCAGUGCAUACAGAAAGGCCUGGGGAAUUGAUUGAAUACUACAAGAUAGCCCGUCACUACAAAUGGGCACUGGAUGAGUUGUUCUACAAGCACAAUUUUGACCGAGUAAUUAUACUUGAAGAUGAUAUGGAAAUUGCCCCUGAUUUUUUUUAUUACUUUGAGGCAGCUGCGGCCCUUCUCGACAAGGAUAAGUCAAUUAUGGCUGUUUCCUCAUGGAAUGACAAUGGGCAAAAGCAGUUCGUGCAUGACCCAUAUGCACUUUAUCGCUCAGAUUUCUUUCCUGGUCUUGGCUGGAUGCUUACUAGGUCUGUAUGGAAUGAGCUAUCACCAAAGUGGCCAAAAGCUUAUUGGGAUGACUGGUUGAGAUUGAAAGAGAAUCACAAAGGCCGACAAUUCCUUCGUCCAGAAGUUUGCAGAACAUAUAACUUUGGUGAGCAUGGUUCAAGCAUGGGGCAAUUUUUCCAAAAGUAUCUUGAGCCUAUUAAGAUCAAUGACAAAAAGGUGGAUUGGAAGUCACAGGAUUUGAGCUACCUGAUGGAGGACAAAUAUGCAAAAUACUUUGCUGACAUUUUGAAAAUGGCAAAACCUGUCCAUGGAUCAAAUCUUGCUCUUAUGGCAUCUAAUAUAGAAGGUGAUGUUCGUAUUCAGUAUAAAGACCAAUCAGACUUUGAAAACAUUGCACGACAAUUUGGAGUUUUUGAAGAAUGGAAGGACGGUGUACCAAGGACAGCAUAUAAAGGAGUAGUGGUUUUCAGAUAUCACCCACCAAGACGUGUGUUUCUUGUCGGUCCCAACUCUCUAAAUAAGCUUAGGAUUGAAAAUGCUUGAAAUUAAAAGGUUAGUGACCAUGCCUAGUUUUGAUUGUUUCUGUAUAUUUUAUAAUGGCAGCAGUCUUUGAAUUCGGUAUAAUGCAAUUGUACGAGGAAAGAUGACAAAUAGUUCUUGGCAUGUUUUGGUUUUUGUUUGUAAUGAUAAUGAUUAGCGGUGUAAUCUUUGGUAUUGUAAUGUGUGAUCAGUGUCCUGUCCUGAAGUAUUUCCAAAUGCAGGAGGGCAACUAGGUUCUGGCUGAAGAAAUAUUUACCAUCUAAAUUUUCUCUGUUACGGAAUUCGACACGUUGCAUCCACAGUUGCGCAGGCGUUCAACUCUCUUACAUAUGGUAGGCAUAGGAAAAA